CAGGAACUUUAGAGUCAUUUGGAACUAGAACAGGUUUAAAACCCUCAGGAAUGAAUUUACACAUCGCACAAAUCGCACAAAACAGAAUUUUAACCAUCCUAGGACACACUGCACAAGCACAACCAAAUUAUAUCCAACAAAAACACGCAAAAUGUUCUGGAGAAGUAAUUUGUGAACGUUGUACACAACGUAAUCUUGAGUGUACUUUUAUUGAAUCGAGUAAAAAGCGUGGGCCAAAAAUGAGUAGCAAUCUCCCAGAACAAAUUUAUAUUCUUAACGGUUCUGAAACUAACUUUAAUGGAACAUCGAAGCUAUCCUCCUUGAUCUCUAAUACCAUAUGGAUUCAUGCAUCGGCUCUAUCAUUACGAUUUGGAUACCUACAACAACCAGAUAAUAUUGAUGAGCUUACUCUCUAUUUGACUCUUAUGAAGGGCAAAAAAUCCACACUUUUCAAGAA